ACGGAGAAGUCAGUCCGAACCCCUUCGAACCUUAUUUUUGGUCGAACUCGGCAAAAGCAUCAAAGCUCUCGAACAGGGAAACGCACGGUAAUGAAGUUCACAGACUCCCCAGUAAUCGAGCUCCCAGUGCGCAACUCCCUCAUUUCUCUCCAACAAGACAAUGGGUCGAUGCACGUGGGCACUUCCGUGUGGCCCUGUUCCCUCGUCCUCGUCAAAUUCAUCGACCGCUGGGCCCCGCCAAUGCCAAACCCUAUCGACCCAAACCCUUACUCCCAACUCCUCGAUUUUCGUAACAAGCGUGGAAUCGAGCUCGGCGCAGGUUGCGGUGCCGGAGGCAUGGGGUUCCACCUCCUCGGACUCACCGACCUCGUGCUCACCGACAUAGCCCCAGUCAUGCCCGCACUCAAGCACAACCUCAAACGCAACAAACCCGUCCUAUCGAAAACCUUAAAGCACUCGAUCCUGUAUUGGAACAACCUCGACCAAAUCAACUCGCUUAAACCUCCUUUCCACUACGUUAUUGCUGCUGAUGUCGUUUACAUCGAGGAGACCGUGGGCCCACUCGUGUCCACCAUGGACGCUUUAAUGGCUGACGACGGUGUCGUUUUGCUUGGAUACCAGUUGAGGGACCCUGAGGCGGAUAAAUUGUUCUGGGAAUUGUGUGACAAAACGUUUGACAUCGAGAAAGUUCCGCAUGAGGAUUUGCACCCGGAUUACGCGUAUGAGGAGACCAGUGUUUAUGUUUUCAGAAAGAAGAAGAAGAAGGAAGAGUCGUAGAUUCGUUGUCUUGUUUGGUAUAUUUUGUCAAAUUCUUGGCUUUGCUUCCAAUUCCCUGUUUUGAUUUGGUUUUCAUGUUAUAACUGUGAACGGGUUGAUAUAUUUAAGCUUUUUGAUUGGUCAGUUCAGUGCUUGAAUUCAAUCAAAAUGUGGGUUUUCUUGGUUCACUUGGUUUGUGAUUUAAAAAACUCUCAUUGAAUGUGUAAUUGCAAUUUGAUUGCGGAAAACUUCUAGAAAUUUCAGUUAGUGGGGGCAGAGUGAAUGAAAUAGCUGCCACUAUUAAAGUAAAUUCCAAAGCUUUUUUGCUUGA